AUGGAGUUUUCAAAUACUAUAACCUGUAGUCAUUACAGCAAUAAGCAGAAAAUACUUCUAGUUGGAGAAGGAGACUUCUCCUUUUCUUUAUGUCUAGCCAAGGCUUUUGGUUCGGCUACUAACAUCACUGCAACUUCUCUUGAUACUCGAGAGGAGUUAGAGCAGAAGUACAAGGAUGCCAAGAAUAACGUAGAAGAGUUGGAGCGACGUGGGUGCACCGUGAUUCAUGGUGUUAAUGUUCACUCCAUGGAUAAAGAUCAUCGCGUAGUCCGGUCGAUUGUGUAUGAUAUAAUCAUAUUCAAUUUCCCUCAUGCAGGGCAACACCAAGAAGUGGUGAAAGGCUUUUUCCUAAGUGCCAAAGAGUUGGUUGAUGCCAGUGGAGAGAUUCAUGUAACCCAUAAGAUAGCACAUCCAUUUACCAGUUGGAAUAUCAAGACUCUUGGUGAAGAAAAGGGUUUGAAUUGUGUCAGAGAAAAAGAAUUUUAUACGUUUCAAUAUCCAGGUUACUCCAACAAGAGGGGAAGUGGAAGUAACUGUGACUCUAGCUUCCCUGUUGGAUUAUCUUCGACUUUCAUGUUUAAGAAGAAGCCCUGGUAUGAAAGUGUGUUUUGGGCAGGUUCAUUUGAGUUUUAUUUAUAUGUGUGGGCUAGAAACGAAGCCGAGCCUAAGAAGGCUUCUGCAUCUCUUUAAAUUUUCUGCAAUUUCAAUAAAAUUUCAUAUUAACGAACUGUUGAUUGAUUAUUUAAUCGUGGGAAUUUAUCAAACAACUAAAAUUAGUACAACAAGUACAACCAUUAUCCUAAACCAUUAUUUAAUAUUGGUACAAAAGGUAUUUUUUAGUACAACCAUUAUCCUAAACGAUUAAUAUUUACAAAAGUAAUGGUUGUACUGGUUGUACUAAUAUUGGUACAAAAGGUAUUUUUUUUGUCAGCAUAACUCUUCCAACGAUUAAUAUUUACAAAAGUAAUGGUUGUACUGGUUGUACUAAUAUUAAAUAUUAAUCGUUGGAAGAGUUAUGCUGACAAAAAAAAAAUAGACAGUCUAGGAACAAAUCAG